CGUUAUUUAUCUCGAAACGCGUAUCGUUUUCAUCCGCGACCAAUUACUCGAGGACAGAUGUUUAUCAAUUACGGCCACGUUUUUUCAACACGACUUUGUUCAAAUUAUGGAAACGGAAGCAAAACAAUUAAAUGUAAAAAAUACAUAGUUUAUUCAGCUUAAAAAAAUCUAAGCAUCCGUUUUCCCUUAAAAUUUCCAAUAUUCGAGAAUGUACACACUGUGGAAUAUUAAUAACAAAGAAAUAUUUCCAAUAAUAAUAGAACAUAGCGAUGGUACUGUUAGAAGGUGCAGUACCGCAAGUGGCGAAUACCUGAGUCGCAAAGGGUGCGAUAAAAGUUCAGGUAAGGCAGAGUCAAGCUCUGAUUGGACGGAGGAAAGUGCGGAAAAACGUAUUUAAGGCCGUUUCCCGUUGUCCGGGUAACACAGUAAUCUGGCAAUUCUCGGCACAAGAGCACGUCCAUUUCGAAAAUUCUUGCGAUUCCCAAUCACGACGAAUCGUACAUCGACUGGUUUCCACGGACGCGGAACGCCAAUCAAAUAUCGAUAUCUGCGAUCCCCGAUAUACGUGACUCGAUCUCGAGUUUCACCGAAGAGGAAGAAAAAAGGGAAUAAGAGAAGAUGGAUGUGGACGAAGGCCAGUACGACUCGAGGGUGGGCGCUUCUACCGCGCGACCUCAAACGUCGGAGAAGAAGGGCAGUUUUAAACAGUGCACGGCUCGGUUCGAUGGAAACAGAGAAAACUUGAACAAGUUUCUGGUUACUAUCUGCCUCUACAAGGACGUGGAAAGGGUGAACGAGGACGUGGCCCUCCACGAGCUGCCUCUCUUGUUCGAGGGGGAAGCGGCCGAGUGGUGGAAGACCGUCGGCGGAAAUGUGACGAAAUGGUCGGAUGCAAUGGCCAUGCUCCAGGACUCGUUCGCCCCCAAGAAAACCGCCUACGAGAUAUACGCCGACGUGUUCUCCUCGAAGCAGGAGGCGAACGAGCCGACGGACGAGUUCAUCAAACAGAAACGCGCCCUCCUCGCCGAGCUUGCCAACCCGCAUCCGGACGACGUGCAGAUCGACAUGAUUUACUGGAUGCUGAAGAAACAGAUACGCAGGAAGAUACCAAGGAGCGCGAUAAUCAGCUUGGACGACAUGAUCGAGAAAGCGCGCUACAUGGACAACAUGGAGAAGAGGAAGACCUCGGCUACCCGCCACUGGGACGAGGAGACGAUGGCCAAGUAUUUCGCCAGAUCGUUGAUCAAAUGCCCUCACCACAAACACAAGAAGGAGAAGUACUUGCACGAGCGGAACGAGGAGAGGUGUCACAAGUGUAACAAACGUAAACACACCCACGGCAAAUACAAGAACACGACGAUAAAUAUAGAGCGCCUCGCGUUGUGCACGUUGGAUAGCAACACGUUGGAACGCUUCGCCUCGUGCAGCCUCGUAGAUUCCAAGGACAACACAUCGUCCUCCUCCUCUUGCCAUCACCCGUCCCCCUCAUAAUUCCCUCCUACCUCUUGUAUAUUUUUGUAAUAUAUGUAUGUAUCUUAUUGUAAUAUAUGUAUUUUUCUAAAUUGUAAAUUAUCUGUGUGCGUGCGUGUGUGCGUGUGCGUGUGCCUGUGUGUAUAUACAUGUAUAUAUUUUAUCCAACGUUUGAUCAAUUUUAUUUAUGUAUUCUAUUAAGCUAAAUAUUAAACUAUUUAUCUAUUAUAGUUUUAUAACCUUAUCUUAAUGUUAUUAUUGUAAUCUUGAUAUUAUUAUUUUUGUUUAUUUUGUAUAUUAAUUAAUAUUAAUAAUAACAAUAUUUUGUAUAUAAACGACGAGCGUGAAAUUCGUGAAAAUUCCUGCCAUUUCUAUGAUUAUGAUUUGUUAUAUUGCGUUGCAAAUAUCGUACCUGAUCGAAUCAAAUUUUUCAUCGUUCUGUUGAGAGAGAGAGAGAGAGAGAGAGAGAGAGAGAGAGAGAGAACGAACAGCUAAAAUGUAAAUAAAAGAUACAAAUAAUGUGAUAAAACCAUAGAUAUUCUUUAACCGAUAUUCUUUGACUUAUUCUUCGUUCGAAAGUUUCCCCCAAAAUCC